AUGGAAAUCAAAAUCAAAUUAGUGCCCUAUAGUAUACAUUCCAUAAUUAUUUGACAAAAAGUUGUGUGCAAAUAAGCCAAGGAAGAAUGUCACCAUGAAUUAUGCACAAGCUCAAACUCAACAUCCUCUUCCACCCUCUAACCACCAAGUCCAUCAACGCUACUCUCAACCGCCUUUCCUCAGAAGGUGCUCACCAUCAAGCCUUACUCACUUACAACAACUCCAUGCUCAACUCUUCCAUAUCACCUGACCCUUUCACUUUCCCCACACUCCUCAAAUCCUGCAUUUCCCUUAACCUCCUCAACCACGGCCUUUCCCUACACCAACAUAUAGUCGUUAAUGGGUUUUCUUCUGAUCCUUAUAUUGGGUCUUCUUUAAUCAGUUUGUACUCUUCUUUUGGCCUUACAGAACAUGCACGCAAAGUGUUCGAUACAAUGCCUGAGAGAAAUAUAGUUCCGUGGACGGCUGUUAUUGGGUGUUAUGCACGGAGUGGGGAUUUUGAGCAUGCUUUCUAUAUGUAUAAUGAUAUGUUACGUGAUGGAAUAAAGCCGAGUUCUGUUACAUUGUUGACGUUGCUUUCGGGUGUAUCGGAGAGUGUUUAUGUGGAGUGUUUGCAUGCUUGUGUAGUGAAAUAUGGUUUUAUGGGUUAUAUUGCUUUGUUGAAUUGUAUGUUGAAUGUGUAUGGUAAAUGUGGAAGAAUUGAGUAUGCUAGGAAGUUGUUUGAAUGGAUGGAUGAAAAAGAUAUCGUUUCUUGGAAUUCUUUGGUUUCAGGGUAUGCUUUAGUGGGGAAAACAGGAGAAUUACUGAGGUUAAUGUAUAGAAUGAGGUUGGAAAAUAUAUGGCCUGAUCAUCAAACGUAUGGGUCGUUGGUUUCUGCGAUUGCAAAAGAGGGUAGCGCUGAAUUUGGAAAAGUGGUGCAUGUACAGAUAGUUGCUGCUGGAUUUGAAUUAGAUGUGCAUCUUGAGACAUCACUUAUGUUUAUGUAUUUAAAGUGUAGGAACAUGGAUUAUACGUUUAAGAUAUUUGAGCGAGCAAAAGAUAAAGAUGUAGUUUUGUGGACGGCUAUUAUCUCUGGACUUGUUCAGAAUGAACGUGCAGAUAGAGCACUCGAAGUGUUUCAAAGCAUGUUGUGUAGCAGAAUUGAACCUUCUACAGCUACCAUAGCAAGUGCACUUGCAGCUUGUGCUCAAUUAGGUUCAUUGAAAGUAGGAGCUUCUAUACAUGGCUACAUGUUGAGGCAUAGAAUAGCCAUUGACACACCUGCCCAAAAUUCACUUGUCACUAUGUAUUCAAAGUGUGGCUACUUGAAGCAAGCUCUUGUUGUUUUUGAUAUGAUCAAAAACAGAGAUGUGGUCUCCUGGAAUGCAAUUGUUGCAGGGAAUGCCCAGAAUGGACAUUUAUCAAUGGCCUUGCAUCUGUUUAAUGAAAUGAGGAUAGCCCAUCAAAGACCUGACUCAAUAACAGUGGUUUCCCUUCUUCAAAUUUGUGCCUCAAUAGGAGCAUAUCAUGAAGGGAAGUGGAUUCACAACAUUGUUGUAAGGAGCUAUCUUGAACCUUGCGUCAAGAUAGGGACGGCUUUGGUUGAUAUGUACUGCAAAUGUGGUGACUUAUGCAGUGCGAGGAAGUGUUUUGACAGGAUCAAAGAACAUGAUAUAAUUUCAUGGAGCACAAUGAUUGCUGGAUAUGGUAGUCAUGGUGAAGGGGAGACUGCCUUGGAGUUGUAUACGGAGCUUGUGCGAAGCGGUCUUACGCCAAAUAGUGUUAUCUUCUUAUCCGUUCUUUGUGCCUGUAGUCAUAAUGGACUUGUCAACCAAGGCAUGAGCUUGUUUGAUUCUAUGGAAAGGGAUUUUAAGAUUAAACCUGAACUCGAACACUGUGCAUGUAUAGUUGACCUACUUUGUCGAGCUGGUAGGGCGAAAGAUGCAUACAACUUCUAUAAGACGAAAUUUCCAGAACCAAUGACCAAUGCUCUAGGUAUAAUUCUUGAUGCUUGCAAAACAAAAGCCCUGGUAGAACUUAGGGAUGUUGUUGCCACAGAACUCUCAGAGUUGGAUCAUGGGGAUGCUGGAAGGUAUGUGCAAUUGGCUCAUAGUUAUGCUUCAAUGGCCCAGUGGGAGGGCGUUGGUAAGACCUGGGUCCAGAUGAGAGAACUUGGGCUCAAAAAGCUUCCUGGUUGGAGUUUUAUUGACUUACAUGGAGUAAUAACAAUUUUUUUCAUGGGCCAAACCUCCCAUCCUCAGCAGGAGGAUAUAAUGUUGGUUCUGAAGAAUUUGAGUGAAGAGAUUACUGAAAGGGUAAUCAUGUCAAACAUAGAGAAUAUAUCAUAAGCACUUAUGUACACCAUCUUCCCCGAGCUGUUUUUUCCCACUGGGGAUCGCUGAUGUCAAAGGCUUGGUAAAACCCAGACAGGAACGGAAAGGAGAUAUCCGAGAGUAAAUGUCAAUUUGCUCUCGAUGCCAUUAUGCAAUUAGGAAUUGAGAAAGGGCAUAUCAGUUUAAUCUGAGGGCAAGCCAGAAUUCUGCAAAGUGUUACAACUGCUAACAGGCCGAGGAUCUUUCGGAAACAGCCUCUCUACCUCCACGAGGUAGGGGUAAGGUCUGCUUACACUCUACCCUCCCCAAACUCCACUUGUGGGAUUACAUUGGGUAUGCUGUUGUUAUUAAAACUGCUGUCUACAAAUCCACCAUUCAGUUGCUCAGUCAGCAAUGGAACGCAAUGUAUGUCCAUGAACAUCAGAACUGAAUCUAACAUGUGACAGCAGACAGGUGUUUAGAAUAUAGCACAUUGGUCGAGGGAACUGGUUGUCAUCUUCUAAUAUAAUCUUGGACAAUCUUCACCUCAUGAGUUAGCCCCACAUCUGUUUUCUUAUAUGCUAAUAGGGUCAGCCCAUUCCAGUUUUGGUUUGUCCAAUGAUGGUCCAUAUUGUUCACAGUCACCAAAUUUGCAGUACUUGGGCCGGGCCGUGCUGGAUGGGUGUUACAAUCAUGCACUUUUGUUGAGGAAAUGAAUUGUUGUCUUGUAUA